UCCAUUCGCUUCUCGAGCAAAGAAUGAAUGCAAAGAUACUUUCUCGUCGGAGGAAGCAGCAUUUUCAACUUCCAGCAGCCAGCAGUCAAUUGCAAAAUAUAAAAUUACUGGCUAUCGCAGCUUGGUAGAUUAUUACUUUUUCUUUGGAUCUCCAAGAGUUGCCAUCUCCACCAUGUUUGCAGCUGCUAACUCCCGUCGAGUGGCCUCUGUGGCGUUGCGCCAAUCUCGUGCUGUGGCUCGUCGAUUUUUGAGCGACGGCAAAACCAAAGUGGAAACCACGGCCAAAGAAGCCGCCACCAAGGCGGAACCCGUGGCCAAAAAGGUGGAAGAAGAAGCUGCCAAGCCAGGCAUCUGGCACAGUGCUGAAUUUUGGGGUGGAAUGGGCGCCCUUGCCGGUUGGGGUAUGAGUGGUGCUGCUAUUUACGAUGCCGCCCAACAAGGUCCCGAAGUGAUUUCCAUGACCAUGACUCCCGUGUUGAUUGUGUACAGCACUCUUUUUGCCCGAUGGGCUUGGGUGGUGAAACCUCGCAAUUUGUUGCUCAUGGGAUGUCACGUCACCAAUGUGGCCGCGCAACUCAAUCAAUUGCGACGUGCUCUGGAGCACAAGUCUGCCACUGGACAGCAGAAACAGGUCGAUGAUUUGAGAGAUAAAACCAUGGUCGGCGGUGCGGUCUUGGCAGGAUCCCUUUUGGCGGGUCCUCAUGUCCGUCAAAUGUUGACCAAGGCAAACUUGGGUGUGGUGACCACUGUGGCGGCUGCCGAUGCCGGUCCGUUUACUGUUCAUUUUUGGGCUCCCAUGUCCAAAUGGUUGAUUAGUGGAGCGUCCUUUUUGGAAUUGGAUCGACCCACCGACAAAAUAUCCUUGCCUCAAUAUACCGCUUUGACUUUGACAGGAUUCUUCUUUUCGCGAUAUUCCCUCUUGGUGAUACCCAUCAAUUACACUCUCUGCUCUGUCAAUGUUGCUCUCUUUGGCAGCAGUGCCUGGCAUUUGGGCCGAAAGAUCAAGGCUGAUUACAUUGAUUAAUUAAGAUUAAUGAUCAAACGCAAGACCAGAGUUUAUUGAGAGAUGGAUUGGCGAAAUGGAGCUUUCUUACAGUACGGUAGAGUUGAUGUCUGCUUAAAUAAAUUAAAAUUCGUUUGUCUUGUUGACC